GCAGCAUAUAAUCUCUAGCUAGUCUAAAUCAUAACCUAAAACAUAAAUUUACAGCAAGUAUACUUGCCUAAUGUAAGCUAGGCUAGUCUAAAUCACACAUUGCUUAGUAAACCAGGAAUCUAUAGUUCAUGUCAACAAUCGAUUAUUUUCUUUUUUAGCCGAUAGUCAGCCCACUCAUCCCUAUUGCAGAAGACAAAACGCGCAGAAAAUCAAGAAUUAUUUAAUUUAUAUUCGAGUUUUUUUAAGGAUAUUUGCCAAUCACAAACGAGGGUAGCAUGUGUGACACUGCUGCUCACGAGGACAUGGAUAAUUUCAUUGAAUAUGAAUACGCCCGGGAUGAUUGCAUAGAAAUAGAUGAGGACAAUCACGACGAACACGUCGAUGAGUAUGGUGGAAUAUAUAUUCAUGACGACUAUGAAAUUGUGGAAGCUCUUGAGGAUGAAGAUGAUGAGCAAAUUGGUCAUAAUGCCAUUAUUAUCAAACCUGAAACAAUGGAUGCCAAUAAUGACCACCACGAUAGCCUGCUGCUUAAGGCUGAACAGUUGGAGGUGGAACAGUCGUUGGUAACAGGAAAUGAAGGCGAUGAUGAUGAAUUCGAAUAUGAAGAACAUGUGGAAGAAGGCACAGGGGAUGAACAUGAGAAUGCCAACACAAAAACCCAAGUCGAGACAAUAGUACCUGAACACGUUGUGGAAGAAGAUGCAGAAGAGUCCAAAGAGGAAAUUAAGACAAUAACAACGACACAGGAAGACGAUAAAGAUAAGAACACGGCCCACAAAAGGUAUAUGCUGUUCGAUGAGCUUGUGGCCUGUAUUGUGGACUACGAUCCGGAUGGCACACCAAUUGUUGAGUUUUCCCUAUCCAAUUUAGAGACUGAUGAGAAACUACCCGUUGAGUGUGGCAUUUGUCCAGAAAUAAUGGCACGCUCCAAGAUUCCCAAACAUUUGAAAACCCACUUGGUGCCGGGAACAAAUCGCUAUCAAUGUGUCUAUUGUGAUGAAACGUACAAAGAUUGCAAAUAUUUGGCAGGUCAUGCCCGGCGACACAUGGGCAUCCGACCAUAUGUGUGUGAAAUUUGUAAAUUGUAUUUUUCUACAAAACAAGAUCUGAGGGUGCACAAUCAACGAAGGCAUCAAGAAAAAGAUCACAUUUGUGAGGUGUGUGGGAAAACCUUUGCCCAGAACACCCAAUUGAAACGGCAUCGAGAGGCGACCCAUGAGAAGAAACGGCGUUUUCAAUGUGAGCACUGUCCGAAGUCGUAUUACAAAAACUUUAGCCUGCAGGAGCAUGUGAGGGCCGUACACAUGGGCAAGAGACGGAUGAUAGUUUGUCCAUUUUGUGGCAUGCAGUGUCGUGAUGCCCACAAAAUGGCCCGACAUCGUAAGCUAAUGCAUUUACAUCAGACCCAUUUCGAGUGUCAAAUCUGCAAUGAGGAAUUCACCGACAUUAAUUAUUUCGAUGCCCACAAACGUUCAAUACAAUGCCGUAAUAAUACCAGACGUAAACUGGAAGAGGAGGCGUUGCUGCAGUCUCAAAAUGACCAGCAAGACCAGCAGCAACAAGAAUUCGAACAGCAGGAACAACAAUUACGGCCUAAAAGUGAAACAAUGGAGCAGGCCGGCGAAGAGGAUGUUCUUGAAGCCAAUGAACAGUAUAUUAAUCAAUUCGAGGAAGACGACGAAGUGGACGAGGAUGGCCAUGACAUUGAUAUGGGCACAAUACAAAUGAUAAGUGAGCAGGACAUUAAACAUUUAAUAAGCAGCCAUCAUCAGCCACAAGAUGCGGAAGAGUUUAUACUUAGCCAUCAUCUGCAACAGCAUAGAGACGAGCUUGGAAAUCCUGACGAUGUAAACGAUGAUGAGGAGUUAGUGUAUGAAAUUACAAUAGAUACCUAUAUGACUGCCCGUGAUGCCAUCAUCCAUGCCGAGGAUCUACUCAGUAUAGGCGGUCAUUUGAUUUUAAAUGAACGUGAAAAUCAAGUCGACGAAAUUUUUCUCCGCUACAAAUAUGAUGAAUUGGCUAGGGGUUUUCAGGAUGCCGAUCAGAAUGUGGGCGCUAUGCAUUUCUUCAAAGCCAAACCCAUGAUUGAACAGAGUAAAGUCUUUCAGUUUUUGCAACAAAUGCCCAAGGGGGCAUUAUUGCAUGCUCACACAUCGGCAACAGUCUCCUCGAAAUGGGUGGUGGAAAAUAUAUUCCAAAUGCCAGGACUCUUGAGAUGUGUACGAUCGGAUGGUGUUAGUAUAUUGAGUUUCCGUCGUAUGCCCGAAAAGCAUAACUGUACGAGCGAUUAUGUGUUGGUGAGUGAUGAAAGAAAUCGGGCAGAUUCCGCCGAAGGAUAUGACCAAUCAUUGGAGGGUCUUAUCAAUUUGUAUACACCCAUGCCAGAGUUGGAAUAUCCAACCAUAACUCGUGUCUGGACCCGAUUCCAGAACAUGUUCAGUACCAUGUCCGAUGUUUUGCUAUAUUUGCCCGCCUACCGGGCAUAUCACUGGCAAAUGUUGCAGGAAAUGUACGACGACAAUAUUAUGUAUUCCGAAGUUCGCAUGAAUAUGUACGAGUUGUACGAUGCCAAUAACAACACCUUUACGGGGGAACGUUGUCUGCUAGAACUCAUGCAUCUGGUGGCUCAAUUCAGACAACAACAUCCAGAUUUCUUGGGUAUUAAAAUAAUCAUUUCGCCCAGUCGUAAUACCGCUCCUGAGGGAAUACAGCAACGUUUCGAUAACUUUAAAAUGUAUCAUUCCCUGUAUCCCAAGACAUUGAUUGGCUUUGAUUUGGUGGGUCAAGAAGAUACGGGAAGGCCUUUGAUUGAAUUUGUCAGCAUUCUAAAUCAGCAACCCGAAACGGCUAAAUUCUUUUUCCAUGCUGGCGAGACAAAUUGGUUUGGUUCCCCAAUCGAUUACAAUAUCCUCGAUGCCCUGCUCUUGAACACCACACGUAUUGGCCAUGGCUAUGCCUUGAUAAAACAUCCCAUGUUAUGGAACGAGGUGAAGGCCCGUGACAUAGCCAUUGAAGUUAAUCCGUUAUCCAAUCAAAUAUUGCAUUUGGUAUGGGAUCUACGUAACCACCCCGGCGCUUUAUUCAUUGCCCAGGACAUACCCAUGGUGAUAUGCAAUGAUGAUCCUGGUUUCUGGAAUGCCAAGGGUUUGAGUUAUGAUUUCUAUUAUGCCAUUAUGAGUAUGGCGCCAAACAAUGCCGGCCUCAAGACUCUCAAGCAAUUGGUAUGGAAUUCUUUGAAAUAUUCAACAUUUGAUGAGUGUGAACGGAAGAAUGCCUACGAGUUGUUGCAAACAAAAUGGGAUCAGUUUAUUGAUAAUGUGCUUAACGGCAUUGUGAAAAUGGCCAAUAUGGAACAUUUGUUUACAAAUAUCCUUUUGGAUUUUAUAAAUGAACAUGAGAUAAUCGGUUAUGAUAUUAUUUCGGAAUUAAAUCGUUUCGAUCGUUUCAUACAGGGCCGGAAAACUAACGUCGAACAAAUUGUCACUGAACCGGAUAUAAAAAUUGAAUAUAUGGAGGAAUCGAAUGUUGAUGGUAUUUUAUUGGAUUAUGCCGAUUAUUCGUGGAAUGAUUGUGAUCAACCGAUAUAUACGUGUAAACUGUGUUCACAAAAUCCGGAAGAAGAACAACAACAGUUCACACAUUUGGAUGGAUUUCUCGGCCAUCUGAGAGACUGUCAUGUUGGCAAAAUAAUCGAAGAACAAAAACAAUACUAUUUCGAUAAAGAAUGUGAAAAGUUGUGGGUUACCGAAUUGGAGAGAAUAAAAAAGUUUAAAUAUCAACAUCACAGCGAAGAGUUUAUGAAGGAAAUCGAUGAGAUAUUGGGAAAUGAAGAAAACGAUAUGUUACGAAACGCAAGUUCCUUUGAAGUCCAAGAUAAUACAAAUUUCAAUAAUUCCGCUGUAAUGGACUAUCUAACACCACCAACUUCCAUUUGUGGUUCCCAGUCUCCAGCAAAUUCACAUUUAUCCGAAAGUUCACAAACACCAAGCUCACCAGCUACCAAUGCACACAACACCAACAACUCCAUGGACAAAAAAUCUGUUAAAAAGAAAAAGAAACGUACAUCCGGCCAAUGUGAUGUCUGCAAUCGGACAUUUAAUGAUUUGUAUAAUCUAAGGAUCCACAAAAUGAUACACAGUGGCGAAAAGCCUUUCCAGUGCGACGAGUGUGGCAAACGUUUUCGCCAAUAUAAUAAACUGAAAAUACAUCGCAUCACGCACACGGACCUCAAGCCAUACGUCUGUGAUAUAUGCAACAAAGGUUUUCGUUUUCGCAAUUACCUAUCGGUACACAAACGUUUACAUUCCGGUGAAAAUCCCUAUAAAUGUAAAUUUUGUAACGAGUUCUUUCAUUCGCUGCACUCUCGCCGUCUGCACACAAAGCUGGUGCAUUGUGAAGCGAAAACAUUUACCUGCCCCAUAUGCAGCAAAGUUCUAACGGCCCAGUGUUAUCUUACGGCGCACAUAAAGCGUCACACCAAUCAACGUGAUUACAAAUGUGAGACAUGUGGCAAAUGUUUCUUUAGUCAGUCGCAGCUUAAAGAUCAUCAGCUCGUGCAUACAAAUCUCAAGCCAUACCAAUGUGAUACAUGUUCGGCAAGAUUUCAACGCAAAUCAAAUUAUACACAGCAUUUGAAAAUCCAUACGGGAGAAAAGACUUAUGUCUGUCACAUUUGCAUGAAAUCCUUUGCCCAAAAUGCUGGUCUAUAUGGUCAUAUGAAAUCGCAUGCCAAAGCGAAUUGAAGGGGAUUGAGCAGAGUUUGUUUUUAAGAAUUGAAAAGGAAGACUUGAUAAAUUUAGG